CGACUAGGAACGCGGAAUUUGUCACUUCACAGUCCUACGAAGUUCUGCCUUGCACGAAAUCGCCCUUCAUUUUUAAUUGAAUUGAUACUCAUUGUUGCUUUCAUUCACGCGUCAAUAGCGUGUUAUUACUGGACGCAGAAAGGGAAUUACUAAAUAUUUACGAGAUCGUAACAUGGCGAUGGCCGCACACAGCGACCGAGUCUGUGCAACGGUAAGCUAGCCGGUGAAGCUAGUGCUAGCUAUAGCUAAGUUGAGUGCGUUUUGAUGAGGACAACGUAAAACAAGGAACUCUCGACAUGGAAGCUGGAAGAGUGCGCAAUUCUGGUGCCUCAUUUGAGGCUGUGCUGGAUACAAAGUUACUAAAUGUGACGAAUACAAUGGAUUCCAUUCAAGGGCUGUCAACGUGGUGUAUCGAGUACAAGAAGUACCACAACAUGAUCGUGCGACAGUGGAUCAAGUGUUUGAAGAAAUCUAACACAGCACACAAGCUCAACCUGUUUUACCUCGCCAACGAUGUCAUUCAGAACUGCAAAAGGAAAAAUGCUCUGGUCUACCGUACUUCAUUUGCCGAUGUGCUCCCUGAGGCGUUUGUGCUGAUCAAACAAGAAGGUGACGCAAAGGUGGUGAAAUCGGUGCAGAGGAUACUGACCAUCUGGCAGGAGAGAAGCGUCUAUACAGAUGCUGCCAUUGCUGAGCUCAGGGGCAUCUUAGUCAAAGAGGAGACCCCGCCUGUGACACCCGUGGAGCAAAAAACUCCAGUUGAGUCCAAGGCAGAUAUCCAGUCCAAGAUUGUUGCAGAAUUUGUGCCUCAGUCCUUCAUUGAGCAACUGUCUCAAUACAAGAGGUCUCUAGAGGAUGUGGACCUUAGAGAAAAGCAAUUGGCAGCCAUGAGGGUUGACAUCUGCAGUUCUGAAACCCUCAAGAAGCUGAAAGAUAAGGCAGGAGGAAAGAAGUUCUCCCGGGACUUUGAAGAAGGCAAUACACAGCUCCAAGAGUUUGUCAAGUUCUUUGACAAACAAAAUAAAACGGGGCCGCUCCUUCUGGAAGCCCUGAGCAAUGCCGAUAUCUUCUAUGAGAUGCAGUACAAAGAGGUCAAGAUUGUUGCCAAUGCCUACCAGACGUUUGCUAACCGAGUGAACCACCUGAAACGCAAGCUGGACAACCUCAAAGCGACCUUACCAGACCUGGACGAUUCGCCUAUUCCCUCACCCUCUGCGGAUGCGCCAUCUCCAACGGGCUCCGAAUCUCCUUUCCACGACCUGGAAGUGGCCAAGCCUCAUCCAGAUACGGACACCUCGGCUUUGGAUGACGAAACGGAACCUCCGGCCCCAAGUCCUCUGUCUUCGAUUGGGGAUUCCCCAAAACGAGUGCCCAAUAGUGGCAGUGGCGGCGGCGACGAUAACGUUAACCGGGAAGUGGAGGACAUGGAGCUGUCUGAUGACGAAAUAGUCAGCGGAAGCAUCAUAGUUGAGGAGCAAGCGAAGAGCUCUGGGCCAAAAUUGGAGGUGUCUAAUCCCGUUAGCAAAAAGACCGAGCCAUCAGUAGCAGCAGAGCAGCGCGCCUCAUCGGAUGCCGCAUCUGGAAGUCUGGAAAAUAUUGACCUGGGUAAAAUCGGCUCUAUCCUCAACAGUUUUAACGCAGCCAUGAAAAACACAGGAGCACCAGUGGAGAGCCACUGCUCAUCAGCUGAGACGUUAGCUCCCUCCUCCGACGAUGCCACCGCGUUGGUGGACAUACUGGCGCAGGUGGACAUGAGUCCCGCCGAGCUCCUUAAUGCUCUGACUAAAGUCCAAGCCCAAGGUGGCCUUGCCGGCAUCACUUCUCUUCUGAGCAGCCCCGCUGAAAAUGACCCGGAAGAACCCUUGCGUACAGGCGAGCCUUCUCCCUUACCCUCAUUCACAUCAGCUUCAGCAGCUCCCAAUCCGAGUUCCACUCCCUUCCACUCUGCUACGCCGGCGCCCUCCACGCCGUCAGACGUCCCCGAAAUGCCGACCGCUGCCCCGCCGCUGGAAGCACUCGGAGAAACGCCCCCGACAGCAGGAACGGCAGACGUUGCUAAAGCAGACAGUUUAGAAUCCAAAAUUCACAACUUCCUUCAUGGCAAUCCUGCUUUUAGCAACUUUGACCUUAGUUUCGCCCUUCACCUCCCCAAUCGGGCGGAUAACUUGAGCCCAGUAAGAGGAACCGACGCGCAGGGCGGAACACCGGUGCGUGACGAAGGCGGAGGCACCCCCACCCAAGAUGAGGUUAUGGACGUGACGUUGGGGCUCCCGAGGUCUUUAGGCGCAAACCCAGAGAGCGGGAUGCCGGCUCCGUUCGCUUUCCGGGAAAAUACUCCUCAGAGCGCCACCCGACGAGGCCACUUACAGCCGGGUGCGGCUGAGAACGGGCAACUGUACCAAACGUACCCGUACGCUGAGAACAAUACGUCAGAUCCCGUCGCACGAUAUGGGCCGACUCAAGGUGGAGGAGACGGAGCCGCAGGCGGCGGCGCACAGGCCUUUCAGGGGAUGGCCGAUAGGGCUUGGUACGAUGAGGGGGGCUUGCAGCAGCCCGCGGGCUACAAUGUUUCCAUGCCGGCUUGUAACCAAACAUUUGAGUACCAAGCACAAGCAAGGACAGAAUCCAAAGGCUUUCAACAAGCCUCCGAUUUCUUCAAAAACCUCCUUCCUCCUGUCCCCAAGUUACCUCCCCCUCCCCCCCUCCAAGCAGUUUUGGCGACUCCCGCCGAACAGCAGGCGGCGCCCCACGCGGACAUGACCCAAGCGGAACCGAGUCGAGGUUUCCCCGGGAUGGUGGUCCACGAUCACGGACACAAGUCAGCCUUUCAUUCAGAUGAAUCAUUGUACGACGAGCAGGGCUCAACUCCAGACGACAUGCGUUACCCACAAGAGCACGAGGAUUACCAAGAUGAUAUCCAAGCCCAAGGGGGCCCUGGCUUUCAGAACAGCCCUUACGAGCGCCCCGAGGCCCCUUUCUACCCACGGGGGGGCAGCCCUCAACAUACCCUCCUCAGAGGCAGGGGGGGGCGCUUUGCCUCUUCCUCACUGGAUUCUUUUAACAACCAGAGACGGAGCCCCCCUCAUCCUCACUUUGCGCCCAGGCGGCGGCCGCCGCCGCCCCAUUUCCCGAUGCGUCCCCCCGGCAUGCGACUUCUCCAUCGGGUUCCCCGGCCCGGUCAACCCCCGUUUCCCAGGGGUCCCCCACGUCCACCGUUUCCUAAUUUUCUGGGGCCUGAUCCGAGACUAAGGGGCAAGCGACCCGUUCCCAGGGGAGGACUAUAUCCCGGUCCCAUGUUUGCUCCCAAAAGACCCUUCCCACCCCCACGCUACUGACUGGACUAAGGUUCCUUACCUGCAGUGGGAGGUCAAAUGUGAAAAGGCCGAAGGGCAAAAUCACUCAGACGCUAAAUUAGUGCCGAUGAAGCAAAAACACUGUCCAAAUCUGAAAUAACAAAGACUGAGAAAGAAUGACAACUACAGACUCCAAAAGGCAGAAGCUCCCAGAAGAGUGCUGAAGACAGAAGAUGACCGAAAAUAAAAGGUGGAUAUGUACUUUUUCCUUUCACACUUUUGGAGUUUUUUUCCCCCGUAAUUAUGUAUAAAUCACUCAUCAGUGUUUGAUCGGGCGGGGCGGGGCGGUUCAGUGUGUGCGCGCAUGCAAAGCGCGCAUGCAUGCGCUGGUAGCCACCGAACGUAUCUUUAGCCAGGAGAGUGUCAAAAGUACGUGUUCAGUGCUUCACCUUUGCAUCUGCCAUUUGUUUUCAAGUUGAUUUCAUUCACACCAUCCAUCUUAAAGCACCCGUUGGAGAGUUCCCUUUUGGGAAUGAACAUUUUCUUGACAGGUUGUGUUCCUCCUACAAUUCACGUUAGCAGCUAUUUCACCGUUGGAACGCUGACGUUUAUAGUCGUGAAGCGAUGGUCUCUCCGUUAUCCUUUUGCUGCGUCGAGAAGCUGAAGCGCUGACGUUUGGGAAGGAGAUCGAAGAUGCUUCACUUUCACUUUAUUUGUACGGUUGAAUAAACAUUUGAUUUUGAAA